AUGCGCGUAAAAGUUGUCCACUCCUCCUCCUCGUCCAUGGACUCAUUUGGCUCCAGAUAUAAACACAGACUGCUCUCUGUACCCGCUGCGCUCCUCAGUCUCUUCACAACCAGCAGGCAGUUUGCUCCAAGAGGCCGAGGAACAGGAAAAAAACAGGAGGGGACGAUCUCUGGCGCAUUCCCAAGGAUGGAGGAUUCUCCAUCCAAGCCAUCUGUGGCUGAGCUGGCUGGGAGGUUCAAAGGUCACAUUUUACCAAUGCCCACCUCAAAUGACGAGGUGCCAUUUCGAAGAAGACCCCCAUGUUCCCUGAAGCUGCAACAUCAAAAAGAUGAUGAAGAAUCAGAUAAAACUAUCGUCUCACCAAAUCCCUUUAAAAUCAAGGUGAAGAACUCCGCCAUCAUUGAGAAACUUCAGGCCAAUCUUGCUCUGUCACCCACUGCUCUGCUGCCUUCGCCCAAGAGUCCUGAAGUGAAGCUCCAGCCAGCACCGUUGUCCCCCACCACACCGUGCAGCCCGCAGAGCCCCCUGAGCCCCACCCUGCGGUCCUCACGUCAGUCCAGUGAAGAGGAGGAUCCCAUCACCUUCGACAGCCCUCCUGAGGGCACCACGCUGCCGAGCUUCAACAAGACUCGUGCACGACUGUCAUUCAAAAGGCGCCCGCCCACGAGACAGCACAGGAGGUCAGCUGGAGAAGAGGCGGGAGCCUUUGGGAGUGCUCUGUCCCCAUGUGAACUGAAUAGCCCAAAGGAAAAUGGGGACAUGGACCAGGUAUUCGAAUAUGGACAGUCGGCAAGUCUGAAAGAAGCCGAUGAGAGGGACAGGGACUGUGAAAACACAGAGGAUGAGGUAGCAAAGAGUGAUCCAGACGACAGGGGAGAUCCGGAGGAGGAGCAGGACGCAGAACAAGCCCAGAACUUGGAGGCUUUGGAAGAGGAACAACAGCCUUCAGAGUCUUGCCCUGCCAAGGAGACGGAGGAGGAGGAAGAGAUGCCUCAGGAGAAGCACCAAAGAGGAAAUGACAUUGCGUGAACUGUGAAUAUUUACUUCAAGAAAAAAUAUAUAAGUAUGAAUAAGUUAUUCUUA